AUGUGUGCGAGGGAUGUGUACGAGGGAAGUGUGCGAGGAAUGUGUGUUGAGAAAGAUGUGUUGCGAGGUUUGCGCAUACUGUACCAGCCAGUCCAUAGACGGAGUUUGUUGGAAGUAGAAGUGCGCAAAAUAGAUAAUAAUAUGGAUAAUUGGAAAAAGAAAAUACUUUUAUAUUUAACAAUUUGUGAUGAAGAAAUGGAAGCAGAAGAUACGGAGUUUAUUAGUUCUAUAAUUUUGAGCAAUACAAGAACACACAGGUUUUGGAUACGUAACCAUAUUAAAUAUCAUCGAUUACAUGGAGAAUUCUUUACCUUUUUUCAUACGGCUGAUGAUGAAAUAUUCGAAAAUUCUUAUCGAGUAUCUAGAAGUAACUUUUAUGAGUUACACAAUUUGAUUGAGAACAUUAUCAAGAAAGAAGACACUCACUACAGAGAAUGCAUCAGCACCAAGGAAAAAUUGGCGGUAUGUUUAAAGUAUUUAUCCACGGGCUCGUCGUUCACACGAUUGGCAGAAAAUUUUAGGAUUGGAGUAGCAAGUGUGUCGAGAAUUGUGGCAGAAGUUUGUAAUGCUCUUUGGCUUGUUUUACAACCUCUUGUUAUUCCAAAACCUACCAAAGACGACUGGAAGCGAAUAGCAAAGGAUUUUCAAGAGCUAUGGCAGUUUAAAAAUUGUUUGGGGGCUCUAGACGGUAAACAUGUUUAUAUAAUGUGUCCUGCAAACACUGGGUCCUCUUUUUUUAAUUACAAACAAAGAUUUUCUAUAGUGCUUAUGUGCUUAGCUGACGCUAGGAGAAAGAUUAUAAUGGUUGAUGUGGGAUCCAUGGGAAGAUUUAGUGAUGCUGGAAUAUUUGAUGAUAGUGUUUUUGGAAAAUAUUUGAAAGAAAAAAGAUUGAAUCUUCCAGAACCUGAACCAUUAUAUGAAGGAGGUGAACCAGUACCAUUUGUAUUCAUUGGAGAUGAGGCUUUUCCUUUGAUGGAAAAUUUCAUGCGCCCAUAUCCGCGGGACCAGUUAGACCAACAGAAACGUAUAUUUAACUAUAGACUUUCGAGGGGGGCACGUCGCAUUGUAGAAGCUACAUUCGGUGUAUUGGCACGAAAGUGGUAUGUGUAUCGUAAAGACUUUGAAUGCAGAGUGGAAACGGUUGACAAAAUCGUAAAAGCCACAUGUGUAAUGCAUAAUUUUUUAAUUGAAAGACAAAGUAAUUAUUUGGAUUGCAUUGAUAACACAAAUACAAGUACUCUUGUAUCGGUUCCUAGCAUUUCCGUCGUCGUGUCAAGUGAUAGUUAUGAUGUAAGAGAGAAAUACUGCUCUUAUUUCAAUAAUCAAGGAAAAGUGUCAUGGCAAGAUACUCGUAUUUCGUCACGAAUUCAUCGCACACAAUAAAUACCCAAAUAUUGUAACUUGUAUUUUAAUAUACCUGAUUUUAAUACAUGAUUAUUACUUACCAUCUUUA